CUCGCUCAGUCGGGUCCGGGGUGGCCAGCGUUGUCUUCAUCGCCGUCUGGCUUGGGGACCUUUCCUGUGGCCUCGCCAUGGAGAAAGAAGUCACCUGAUUGCUGGAGGGCAGGCCAGCCCCCGACCUGCGGGAGCAGUCGCCCCCCACCAGGCAUGAAGGGCGACGGGGCUGUGUGGAGCCUCAUGUGGAAGUACUGUGUCUCCGUGCGGACGCUCAGCGUCGAGGGCGAGGUGCCCACCAGCGAGGCCGGCACAUCCCUGGACAGCCCCUCCGCCUACCACCAGGGCCCCUUGGUGCCCGGUUCAAGCCUGAGCCCGGACCACUACGAGCACGCGUCGGUGGGAGCCUACGGGCUGUACCCGGGCCCACCGGGGCAGCAGCGCACGCGGAGGCCCAAGCUGCAGCACUCCACCUCCAUCCUGCGCAAGCAGGCGGAAGAGGAGGCCAUCAAGCGCUCGCGGUCUCUGUCCGAGAGCUAUGAGCUCUCCUCUGACCUGCAGGACAAGCAGGUGGAGAUGCUAGAACGCAAGUAUGGGGGCCGCCUCGUGACCCGCCAUGCAGCCCGCACCAUCCAAACGGCGUUCCGCCAGUACCAGAUGAACAAGAACUUCGAGCGCCUCCGAAGCUCCAUGUCGGAGAACCGUAUGUCCCGCCGGAUUGUGCUGUCCAACAUGAGGAUGCAGUUCUCCUUUGAGGGGCCCGAGAAAGUGCACAGCUCCUACUUCGAGGGCAAGCAGGUCUCCCUGACCAACGAUGGCGCGCAGCUGGGCGCCCUGGUGCCCUCCGAGUGCGGAGACCUCGGGGAGCCCGCCCUCAAGUCUCCGGCCCCCUCCAGUGACUUCGCCGACGCCAUCACGGAGCUGGAGGACGCCUUCUCCCGGCAGGUGAAGUCUCUGGCCGAGUCCAUCGACGACGCCCUGAACUGCCGGAGCCUCCAUGCCGAGGAGGUGCCGACCCCGGAGGCGGCGAGGGCCCGGGACGCUGAGCCCAAGGCCGCCCUGCACAGCAUGGACCACCACAAGCUGGACGAGAUGACCGCCUCCUACAGCGACGUCACCUUGUACAUCGACGAGGAGGAGCUGUCGCCGCCACUGCCGCUCGCGCCCGCCGGGGAGAGGCCUCCCAGCACCGAGGCGGACCUGCGCCUGCGGGUCGGGGGUGCCGGCCAGGACUACUGGGCCCUGGCCCACAAGGAUGACAAGGCCGACACAGACACGAGCUGCCGGAGCACUCCGUCGCUGGAGCGGCAGGAGCCCCGGCUGCGGGUGGAGCACCUGCCCCUGCUCACCAUUGAGCCUCCCAGCGACAGCUCGGUGGACCUCAGUGACCGCUCGGACCGCGGCUCACUCAAGAGGCAGAGCGCCUAUGAGCGCAGCCUGGGAGGCCAGCCGGCCAGCCCCAAGCACGGCUCCCACGGUGGCGCACCCAAGGGCCUGGCCCGGGAGGACCCCGAGCUGCGGCCCCGGCCCCCCAGGCCCCUGGAGAGUCACCUGGCCAUCAAUGGCUCAGCCAAUCGGCAAAGCAAGUCUGAGUCGGACUACUCCGACGGGGACAACGACAGCAUCAACAGCACGUCCAACUCCAACGACACCAUCAACUGCAGCUCCGAGUCCUCGUCCAGGGACAGCGUGCGGGAGCCCACGCUCAGCAAGCAGACCUACCACAAGGAGGCCCGCAACAGCUGGGACUCGCCGGCCUUCAGCAACGACGUCAUCCGCAAGCGCCACUACCGCAUCGGGCUGAACCUCUUCAACAAGAAGCCCGAGAAGGGUGUCCAGUACCUCAUCGAACGAGGCUUUGUGCCUGACACGCCUGUGGGCGUGGCCCACUUCCUGCUGCAGCGCAAGGGCCUCAGCCGCCAGAUGAUCGGCGAGUUCCUGGGCAACCGACAGAAGCAGUUCAACCGCGACGUGCUCGACUGCGUGGUGGACGAGAUGGACUUCUCUGCCAUGGAGCUGGACGAGGCCCUCAGAAGGUUCCAGGCACACAUCCGCGUCCAAGGGGAGGCCCAGAAGGUGGAGCGGCUCAUCGAGGCGUUCAGCCAGCGCUACUGCAUCUGCAACCCUGGGGUGGUGAGGCAGUUCCGGAACCCAGACACCAUCUUCAUCCUGGCCUUCGCCAUCAUCCUGCUCAACACCGACAUGUACAGCCCCAACGUCAAGCCCGAGCGGAAGAUGAAGCUGGAGGACUUUGUCAAGAACCUGCGAGGCGUGGAUGACGGUGAGGACAUUCCCCGGGAGAUGCUGAUCGGGAUCUACGAGCGGAUCCGGAAGCGGGAGCUGAAGACCAAUGAGGACCACGUGUCGCAGGUGCAGAAGGUGGAGAAGCUCAUUGUGGGCAAGAAGCCGAUUGGGUCUCUUCAUCAUGGACUUGGCUGUGUGCUGUCCCUGCCCCAUCGGCGGCUGGUCUGCUACUGCCGGCUCUUCGAGGUUCCAGACCCCAAUAAACCCCAGAAACUUGGGCUGCACCAGCGAGAAAUCUUCCUCUUCAACGACCUCUUGGUGGUCACCAAGAUCUUCCAGAAGAAGAAAAACUCAGUGACAUACAGCUUCCGGCAAUCCUUCUCUCUGUGUGGUAUGCAGGUCCUGCUCUUCGAGAACCAGUACUACCCUCACGGCAUCCGCCUCACGUCCGCUGUCCCCGGGGCAGACGUCAAGGUGUUGAUAAACUUCAACGCACCCAAUCCUCAGGACCGGAAGAAGUUCACUGAUGACCUCCGGGAGUCGGUGGCGGAAGUGCAGGAGAUGGAGAAACACCGGAUAGAGGCGGAGCUGGAAAAGCAGAAGGGUGUCGUCCGGCCCAGCAUGUCCCAGUGCUCCAGUCUGAAGAAGGAGCCGGGCUCCGGGACGCUGAGCCGGGCCUGCCUGGACGACAGCUACGCCAGCGGCGAGGGCCUCAAGCGCAGCGCCCUCAGCAGCUCCCUGCGCGACCUCUCGGACGCAGGGAAGCGAGGGCGUCGGAGCAGUGCGGGAUCGCUAGAGAGCAAUGUGGAAUUUCAGCCUUUCCAGCCACUGCAGCCUCCCGUGCCGUGCUCCUAAGCCUGGGACCCGAGGACUACCCACGGCCCUGCCCAGGCGGGGGCCGCUCCUUCAGAAAGGCCGCCGCCGCCGCCGCCUGACCCCGAAGCCCGCUCUGGCCUUGUCCCCCGGCCGGGGUCGCCAGCUUCCCUCCUUCCCCUCAUGCCAUGGAGGUCACGAACCAGCAGAUCUGCAAGCUCAGCACUUUGUUAGCACAGAGCGCACGCCCAGCGGCCGGAGGCGGCGUCCCACCCACCCCCGCUCCAGUCCUCUCUGGCACCCGCGCAGAGAGCGGGCGGCGGCGUGGGUGCACGCAGUCCGCCCGGUGUGUCCCUCGCAGACGGGAGGCCUUGUGCAUGCCGUCAGCACCAGCCGCAAGCCUGUGCUCUGUAUUGUACAUUUGCAAAAAUACCAGUGUUACUGUUGACAAAUAGUUGAAGUAAAGUGAUAACAUAUUAAGUA